CAUCGUGAAGCUCCAUCUCCAACGUCUCUUCUGUUGUUUCUUGUAGCCAUCGAGCUCUAUAUUUAUUAAUACUUUUUUCUCCCGAAAGUCAGCAGCCAUGACGGCCGACGACCAACACUUCCUUGAUAGCAUCUUCAACAGCGCCGAGAAGAUCGGCAAUGGCGUCGCCGACUACACAAACCAACACAUUGCCUGGGUAGCAGGUACUAUAAGAAAGCAACUUGAAGAUGCCGACUGGCUUCCACAGGCGGUCCGGCCCCCUCCACCCCCACCACGCGCAUUCUCCCGAAUACCACCCGGAUACCUCGAACGUGUGCAGGACUGGAUAUCAAAAAACCGAGCGGUGACUGCAGCGCUUGUUGCGUUUGUCGGAACCGGGUCGUUCCUGAUCUACAGGAAGAAGAAGACAUACAGCCGGAAGCGGAGGGCGAGGAGGGCUAGCAACGGCGCAAGGCGGGAGGUUGUCGUGAUUGCUGGACCCCCGAGCUCACCCAUUACUAAGUCGAUAUCGCUGGAUCUCGAACGGCGGGGAUUUAUCGUGUACGUCGUCGUAAACAGUGUGGAAGAGGAGCAGACAGUGCAAAGCGAAGCACGGGUAGACAUCAGGCCACUAAAUCUUGAUAUUGUUGAUACGCUAAACGCACAGGAAGCAAUCGAGCGAUUUAACAACCUACUUUUGAGUCCACAUCUUGCCUUCGCAGGAGCCUCCCCACAUAACCUUCAUUUCAACGGUCUUAUCCUCGUGCCGGAUCUUAUAUACCCUUCGGGUCCGAUCGAGACAGUCUCCCCGGAGCUCUGGUCAGAUGCCCUCAACGCAAAGGUGCUGAGUACGAUUGCAACGACCCAAGCAUUCUUACCUACUAUCUGCGAAUUCAAAGCGCGAGUGCUAGUCCUCACACCCAGUAUUGUCUCGUCACUAAGACCACCAUUCCACGGAGUUGAGAGUGCCGUCGUGGGGGCGCUUGAGGGGUUCACAACAUCCCUUAGGGGGGAACUAGGCACUCUAGGGAUUGACGUGUGCCAAUUCAAGCUGGGAACAUUCGACUACGGAAGCGUGGGCGGAAAGCAACACCUCCAGUCCAUCGGUGGACCCAAGACCUACACUUGGCCGGCAUCGGCGAGGGCACACUAUGCGCACAACUACGUGACGCAGAGCCGGAUUGCGGGGAGCAAAGGGCUAUUCAACGAGCAUGGCAGUGCGGCGUCAGGAAGCGCGCUGCGAGAGCUGCACAAUGCUGUUUUCGACGCGCUGACGCAGAAGCAUCCGCGGAAGGUGUGGAGGGUGGGACGAGGGAGCGUGGCGUAUGACGUGGUGGGUAAUUGGGUUCCGGCAGGGCUGGUGGGAUGGAUGCUGGGGAUACGGCGCGUGUCACUGGAGGAGGUGGCCGAGCCGCAAUUGGAAGAUAGCACGCAGUCGUGGGAGAAGGUCGAGUCGGUUGUGUGAGGUAAUGGGUGCGGUGCUUAGGAGCUAUGGCGUGGAACUCGGCUCUGCUUCGACGAGAGCACGGCAGGCAACGGGGAUGUGUUCUCGGGUCGUGGAAGCUCUGUAUUUCCACGGGGACUAAUGGCGAAUUGGAAGUGGAUCGAUGCGGUGAGCGAUGGACCGUUCGAGGAAUCUCCUGUCAUCCAUGUUCUGUACCACGUAUGGAAACAAGCUCUUCUCUAGCGAACCGCUGUUCGGUGAAGCGUGAAGCGUGAAGCGUUUGACCACGGAAACCGAGGCCACUAACCUCGAAUGGGUCGUGACUUGCUGCAGGACAGUGACGUAACAGAGCAAUGCUGAGCAAGAGGCUAUGUAUUGCUAUUUUCGGAAUUGAACGUGCUGGCUGGG